GUGUUAAGGCUUUUGGGAAGAGAUAUCUGCUAUAGCAUUCAAAAGCAAGCACGGAUUGGAGUCUUCUCGAAACUCGGGGGAUGGCCAAUGAUGUAUAAAUAAAACAAUAAUUUUGGUGAUUGGUGAACAAAGUCAAUUUCCAUCGGCCAAGAAUGGCACUGCAUAACAGGCAUCUGUUCUUGCUCUGGGUUCUUUCUUUGGACAAGAAAGAUCGAGAUCGAGAUCGAGAUCGAGAGAGAGAGAGAGAUUAUUGUUGAUUUGGUGAAGAAAGGCAUUGCAAAAUGGGCAUCUGUUCUGGGCUUUAAGUACUUUGAAAGGCCAAGAACUAAGAACUUGAAGAGAGAGAGAGAGAGAGAGAGAGAGAGAGAGAGAUGGCCACCGUAAAGUCUCUGUGGCAUGAGCAUCCACUAGAUCUCAGAUCUGUACUAAGUGAAACCAAAGCUCGCUGCUUUGUUUGCUCGGAGUCCUUAUCAGGCUACAACUACCGGUGCCCCACCUGCACCUUCUUCAUCCACAUCUCUUGCCUCAAGCUCCCCCUUCAAUCUCUCCACCCCCUCCACCCCCACCACCCCCUCAUCCUCCUCCGCCACCCACCUCCCGCCCACCACAGCGGUGCCACCCCACUCCACUGCACCGAAUGCAAAACCCCUUGCCUUGGCUUCACCUACCACUGCACCGCCUGCCCCUUCAGCCUCCACCUCCACUGCGCUCUGCAGCAACGUCCUUUCAAUCUUGACAUCCACAACCACCCUCUCACCUUCUUUCCCUCGCCGUUUCAAUGCGGGCUCGAUCCAUUCCGGUGCUCUGUUUGCGCUGAUCCCGGCAACGGCUUCAGCUUAGCUUGCAGAGCCUGUGACUUCGUGGUUCACAUAGAGUGCUCCAGGCUGCCGGUGAAAGUCAUCAGUGGCCGGCACUGGCACCCCUUUUCCCUUGUCUCCGUCCGGUCUGUCGACGAUGGAUCGGGUGAAUUCUACUGUGAUAUUGUUUGUGAACGGAGAGUGAACCCCAGGGGAUGCGUUUACUACUGCGUUGAGUGCAAUUACAUGGCUCAUCUGGGCUGUCUAGUCUCUGCCCCAAAGCCUCGUAUCAAAUUUUCUUACGAAGAGUUUGUUGCCCCUGCGGGUAACUGGAAGUAUAAAUCAGACAAGGGCAUACUUCCGGACCCUCAAAUGGGUGAUUCUGAUGAUGAUUAUCUUGUUCAAAUGAGACUGCGUUUUUCCCAGGUUGGAUCAAAACCAGAGGGGAAGACACAGCUUGAACAUUUCAGCCACCAGCAUCCAUUGGUUCUGAGUGAUGAUCAUGAGAAAGCCAGACUAGUAUGUAGAGGCUGUUGGGGAGAGAUCAAGGGCCUAGCAUAUAUUUGCACCCAAUGCAACUUGUUCCUCCACCGCUGGUGUGCCGAAUUGCCUCCAACAAUUCGCCACCCGAUCCAUCGGGAACAUGCUCUAACCCUUCUCAAAGAGCCACAACGAUCCUAUGAUGCCUGCAAAGCCUGUGAUAGGCCCUGCGACGGCUUCACCUUCAGUUGUAAGCAAUGCGGCUUCGAUCUCCAUGCCAUGUGUGCUUCCAUACCAAGCAUAAUCAGAAAUGGCAUUCACCAGCACCCUCUGAUCCUAAGCAGGAAGCUCCCCUAUUCGGUUACAUGUAAUGCUUGUGGAAAUACUGAGACCAGCUCUGGGACUUUCUUUGGAUGUGAAAUGUGCAAUCUGGAGCUGGAUUUUGCGUGUGCUUUGUUACCACAUAAAAUUAGGCAUAGAUGCCAUGUCGAUCCUCUCGCACUGACCCAUGUUCCAGUUCCUGCUGAAGAUGAAUCGAAUGAAUUCUACUGUGAUGCCUGCGAGGAGAGGAGGGAUCCAACCCAUUGGGUGUACCACUGUGCAGAUUGUGAUUACAGUGCUCAUACGAGUUGUGUGGUGUCUGAACUUCUUGGAGGGCCUCCAACUCAGGGGCCUCUCCAGUUUAACCACCACGAGCACCUUCUUAGUCUCAUUACAAAUUCCCCUCUUAAUCCUUGUUGAAAUUGCCUGCAAUCAAUAUCCAAAACUUGUUUGUUUCUUCCUCAGCUUGCUAUCUUUUGUUCAUUGUAUCGUAUGUAUCGUAUAUCUCUACGGACAUGUUUUUUUCUAGUGAUUGUGUGGUUAUUGAUCCUGCUAAUUAGAGUUAUAGCUAUAUUACAAUCUUA